AUGGCUGAUAUCCUUGAUAUUUUAGACAUCGAACAGCCUACGGCUGAAAUUAGCAGGGAUAGUAUUCUACAUGGAGAUAAGGUGAAGAAAAAAUAUGUGACGGCAAAAGCAGUGAAACGCCCUGAGGGCAUGCACAGAGAAGUCUUUGCAUUGCUUUACAAUGAUAAUAAAGAUCUACCGCCACUCCUACCCACCGACACAGGCAAAGCCUAUAAACAAACAAAGGCUAAGCUUGGCAUGAGAAAAGUUAGAAAAUGGACUUGGGCACCAUUCACUAAUCCAGCGCGUAAGGACAAUGCUGUAUUCCACCAUUGGAAGCGAGUUUCUGAUGAAGCGAAGGACUACCCAUUUGCUCAAUUUAAUAAGCAAGUCACAAUACCAUCAUACUCUGAGUCUGAAUACAACCAAUACCUGAAAUCGGAAGACUGGAGUCAAGCUGAGACAGAUCACCUGAUAGACUUGUGUCAAAGAUUUGAUCUGCGUUUUAUUGUCAUCCAUGACCGAUGGGACCGGGCAGCUUUCAGAGAUAGAAGUGUUGAAGAUCUAAAAGAGAGAUAUUAUGGUAUUUGUGCUACAUUAAGUAAGGUGAAAACAAAUCCCUGGUCAAAUACAGUGACCAUGGUGAAUGGUGAAAAAAGAAUUUAUCACUAUGAUGCAGAACAUGAAAAAAAAAGAAAAGAACAACUACGAAGACUCUUUGACAGGACACAAGAACAGAUUGAUGAAGAACAAAUGCUGCUCACUGAACUUAAGAAGAUUGAAGCAAGAAAACGUGAAAGGGAAAGAAAAACUCAAGAUUUACAAAAACUGAUAUCCCGGGCUGACAGUGGCAAUUUACCAGCAACAACCCAAGUAAACAAUAAUAAUGAAGGGACUAGUACUCCAUCCAAUAAUGCGUCUAAUAUAGCUAGACGUCACGACAGAAAGCUACAUAAGAAAAAACUCACAGCUCAGCAAAGGCCUAUUCGCACAGUUGAAAGUGUUACUGUAGAAUGGUCUGGUAUUAAAUUUCCCGAAGCACGUGGCACAGGCGUUUGGUUGCGUUCUCAACGUAUGAAGCUGCCUCCUGGAGUUGGACAGAGGAAAACAAAGGCCAUUGAACAAGAGCUCAGGCUUAUGAAUAUAGAUAUUGCUCCAACCCCGACCGAGGCUAUCUGCAAACAUUUUAACGAGCUACGUUCGGACCUAGCCCUGGCUCUCGACUUGAAGAAUGCUUUGGCAUCAUGUGAAUUCGAGCUUCAAGCUCUCAGACAUCAAUAUGAAGCUCUCAAUCCAGGAAAGACACUCACUAUACCACCGUCUAUUUGCAAUUCGGUGGCUGACGGUGAAUCCAAACCAGUGGGUGAAAUUAUCGACGUAGUGGGAUCUCCGAGUGCUUUAAAUACCACCAUUUAG